AUGGCCUUGGUCGCUCCACGUGCGUGUUGUUUUCCUUCUUCGUUUCGAUUGCCAUGUACCCGGGUGGUGGCUCUGGCCGGCCGACCACAGAUUCAUCCAUCUCGAAAAAGCACACGUGGUGUAGGUGGAGCCAACAGCAGAUGCCGCCUGCUUUCCUCCUCCUCUGCGGCGACGAGCGCCGGCGCUUCCGCUUCUGCACCAACCGCCCCCACGGCGGCCGGCGCAAUCAAAAUUACUGCGUCUUCAGUCAAGAAACUGCGGGAAAUCACAGGUUCUUCGAUGGGGGACUGCCGUCGGGCCUUGGUCGAGAGCCAGGACGAUCUCGACGGGGCGCUGGAGUGGCUGAAGAGGCGAAACGUCGUCGCCGCCAAGUCCCGCUGGGAGAAAAGAGACGCUGUUUCGGGCGAGGAUGGAAAGUCGCUGCCGGAAAGCCUGGUGGCCAUGGCCGAGCUUGUUUCGCUUCCACCAGAUGACGACUCGGGUGCUGGGUCGAACAGCAAGACGCUUUCGCUCGUGAAGAUUGGCGCCGAGACGGACUUUGUGGUCCGCAAUCAGGAUUUUCAGAAGGUUUGCGUGACCUGUGCGGAAACGUUGUGCAACCUCCAGCAGGACGAAGGGGCUGCGAAUGGUGCAGGAGCAGCGAUAGAAGAUGGGAGCAGCGGAUCAGUGCCAUCAUCCCCUAGCAUAGGAGGUGCACAUCAAGCGCACUCGAAGGAAGAUGAAGAUGACCCUGAUGUUCUUACAACUAGUUCCCGUAGUACCCCCGCACGCACCACCGAAGAACAUUUCGAGAAUCUCCUGCGUGAAGAGGCGAAGGGCGAAGAAGAAAAAGCGAAUUGCAGUCCGGCGGAAAAACGAGAGCGGGCGACGCGGAAAAUUUGGAAAAUGAAGUGCCAAGGGAUUUUGCACCAGCUCUCCGGCCGGGUAGGCGAGUCUUGCUCACUGCUGCAGGCCGUUUCUUUGCGAGGAAGGCACGUUUUCGGGUACGUGCAUCCAGGUAACGUGGAAUCUGACUUGCCAAACUGCGGAAAAGUAGGAGCCUUGGUUUCGCUUGUCGAGAAAGAAGGCGAUGAGGCUGAAGCUAGGAAAGUACAGAACGAACAAGACAAGAGCUGCAACCUGACCGACAUAGGCAACAAACUUUGCAGACACAUCGCAGCGAUGCGACCGAAAUAUGUCGCCAAAACGGAUGUACCGGAGGAUAUCCUCAGCUCAGAGCGGCAAAUUUACCGAGCCCAGGCGAGCGCCAAUGCGGACGCAGCAAUGGCUCCGAGCGACCAGAUUUUGGAUAAAAUCGUUGCGGGAAAGCUGCAAAAGUGGUACCAGCAAGAAGUUUUGCUGGAACAGGCUUUCCUGUACGACGACAAAAAAACAGUCGGGAAAGUAUUGACGGAGAUCGGCGUGUCAGUGCACCAACUCCGCAUGCUGCACACCUGAACAACUGUGCGUGGAUGUACUUUUAUUCUUUUUCUUCUCGACAGCGCGACGCCUAAACAAAAAAAGGAAACUCAAACUCGG